AUGGAGGUUGUCACUCCAGGGGUGCCAAAUGGCGUGCCCACGCCAGAUGCGGCAGCUUCGGUGGAUUCUGGCGCGGUCAUUCAGUACCUGACGGAAGUGCUUCAGGUGACACUGGGUGCUCUCAAAUCCGAGUUGGAGAGCGCCGGGAGCUUGCUCUCGGAUGCUAGGUACAACGAGACCGCGCAAAGAUGUAUGCGAUUCGCCUCUGAGUCACAAGUCGCGCUCUACGUGCAGAAAGAUAUCUCGGCCGCGGAAGAGACAAACGGCGAUGCUGAAGGCGCAGAACCGACGGUGCAAUUUUCAUACAAUCUUUCUUCUGAGAUCUCCUCCGCCUCGACUACCGUCGCUUCGGUGGCCUUCAUCAAACGCCCCGCUCCCAUCGAUCCUGCUCUCCCGAUAGCCUCGCAGAUCCAGGUGAUGAAUCUACCCGGUCUCGCCUCUCUGAACAAUGCCCAAAAUCAGCAGGGAACUUCCAUGUCCCCGUAUCAGAUUCUACAUCUGUUGCUCCACCACGGUCUUAGUCCCUACUUCGAAGCCUUCACCCGCAACCAGGAAUCUGCUGCGGGCACGAAAUCGAGAACAGACACAGAGGCAAAGACUGGUAUUCCUGGGACAAAGAAGAAGUUUGCGGAGUUGGAGUUGGGUCUUAUGCACCUCCAGCAGAAUGUGGAGAUUCCGGCGUUGAAUCUUCCGCUUCACGAGGUUGUGCAGGCUGCGCUGAAGGAGGCCGAGGCCAGGAGAAUCAAAGCAACUGUUGAGUUGAUUCCCACGGCGGUCUUGGAUAGCAGUGCAUUCACAAACAGCGUCCAGAAUACGGUGAACGGAUGGAUUCGUUCAAUCCAGACGAUCACGAAGAUGUCUCGGGAUCCGGACAGCGAGUCGGCCUCCCCAGAGGUGAACUUCUGGCUGUCAAUGGAAACUGCUCUCGAGGGUAUCGAGAGCCAGCUGGCGAGUGAAGGUGUCCGAUUGACGAUGGAUAUUCUUCGUCACGCCAAGCGGUACCAACCAACGCUUAGCUUCGUGGCGGACACCGGGCUGAAAGACGCCACAGAGUUAGUCCAGAAGUACAACCAGCUGAUGCGAGACUUCCCGCUGGAUGAGCUCCUCUCUGCCACCUCCCUGCAAAAGGUGCAAGAGUCCCUGAGUCUCAUCUUCAACCAUCUCAAUAAGAAGCUGAAGAUCUGCCCAUACCCCAUCAAGCGCGCCCUCUCGCUCGUCGAAGCUAUCUCUGGUGACCUGGAUAAGAAGAUCCAUGACCUUAUUAAUGGCCGUGAAAUCCUCCACCUGGACUAUCGAGAGUUCCGGUCGUUAAUGAAGAUCACCCAGGCUAUCUGGCGCUCUUGGGACGAGAACUUGAAGGAGUUUACCAAUGUGGCUCGUGAGUCGACAAGACGCCGAAACGAAAAAUUCAUCCCAAUCAAGAUCAAUGCCAGACACGACAUGACCCGUGAACGGUUGAAGUACAUUGAUACCUUCCGAGUCAACCACGAGCAGCUUCAGAAAACCAUCAUCAAUGUUCUCGGACCGAAGAACUCUUCACCUACAGAGGCCGGCGCUGGCGUUGACUCUGAGGAGACGGUCAUCGUGGAAGAAAUCGGCGACGUCGAUGCCGUCGAGGAGGUUACCCACGCCUACACUGCUCUGAAGAACGUGGACGUGCUGGACGUCUCGCCCGAAGGAUCACGCACUUGGGAGCAGGCGGAGAUUGGCUACAGCGAGCGGACGUCCCGUGUUGAGAACUCUAUCAUUGCUCGCCUUCGUGAUCGCCUUGCGACAGCCAAGAAUGCCAAUGAGAUGUUCCGUGUUUUCUCUAAGUUCAACGCUCUACUUGUCCGGCCCAAGAUUCGAGGUGCUAUUGGCGAGUACCAGACACAGCUCAUCGACAACGUCAAGCGCGACAUCUCUGCCCUUCACGAGCGCUUCAAGCAGCAAUAUGGCCAUUCCGAGGCACAUGCCAUGGCCCAGCUGCGCGACCUUCCCCCAGUUUCCGGUGCGAUAAUUUGGGCCCGGCAGAUUGAACGACAGUUGGACAGCUACAUGCGCAAGGUGGAAAACGUCCUGGGUGAAGACUGGCACCUGCACACCGAGGGCCAAAAACUGCAAGCUGAGGGCAACCUUUUCCGCAAGAAGCUUGAUACCCGCCCUGUUUUCGAAUCCUGGCUCUACGAUGUGCAAAGACGGCAUAUCACUAUUUCUGGACGACUCUUUAAUAUCGUGCGUAAUCGCGCUGCUGGAAAUACGUUGGAGCUUACUGUCAACUUCGACGCUCAAAUCAUUGCGCUGUUCAAAGAGGUCCGCAACCUCAUUUGGCUGAACUUCCAGGUUCCCCAUGCCGUCAGCAACAUUUCAAAAGAAGCGAAGCGCGUCUAUCCGUAUGCUAUUAGCCUGAUGGAAAGUGUGCGAACCAUACUCCAAACGAACCGGACCAUUGCUUCAAUGUCUGAUGUUGCAAUCCUCCUCAACGGUUAUGUGAAUGAUUCUCAGGCUAUGGUCAACAAGGGUAUUCCAUUGAGAUGGGAAUCCUUUGUCCACUCUUACGAGCUCCAUGUCAAGCAAUCAGCACUUGCAAAUGGGGCCAUUGACACCGCCAUGCCUAAUCGCACUGAAAGCAAGCAUGUUCAGUUUGUCCGCGAAUUUGCUGGCUCAGCUUCUGUCCUCCAAUCCAAGACUGCCGUUCUAUCGUCUAUUAACGAGAGCAUUCAGAAAUCAAUCCACGAGCUCAAGACCUGCCCAUAUGAUGCCGCGGCAUUCAAACAACGUUUGGACAUCAUCCAGGUCGCCGUGGAUAAACUCAACCUUGAGAAUUAUGUGAAUCUCGGGUACUGGGUUUCUGAGUUGAACACAAAGAUCGAAGCUAUUCUUGGUGAAAGACUCCAUCGCGCGGUUCGUGAGUGGAUUGCUGUCUUCCAAGAGCCUCGCAAUGAACAGACAAUAACCCUCCAAUCGGGCGAACCCGAGUCCAUGACUUACAAUAUCUCCUUCCCCGAGCUCUUCCACGAGAUCUCCAUGAAAAACCAGGUUCUUCACCUCGAUCCCCCCUUGCAAUUUGCCCGAGCCAGCUGGUUCUCACAGUUUGAUUCCUGGCUGGGAGUCAUCUGUAGCCUCGAGAAGAUUAAAGCCUCCCGAUAUCAAAUCUCAAUCGAUGUGCAGAAUGUUCGCAAAUCGGAUGCCUGCUUCGCGGAUCUCCCGCAGCGUUGCACUGAAGAGCUAAACCAGGUCUACGGGGUGGUUGAAAGCAGACUCAAGGAUGUGUCGGAGUAUGUUGACAAGUGGCUACAAUUCCAGUCACUUUGGGACUUGCAAUCCGACCAGGUGUACGAUAUUCUGAGCGAUGACCUGUCUCAGUGGCUCCAGCUUCUACAAGAGAUUCGCAAAAGCCGUGCUACUUUCGAUACUUCCGAAGUGAGUCGGUCUUUCGGCAACAUUAGAAUCGACUAUGAACAAGUUCAGACCAAGGUGAACGCCAAGUAUGAUCAGUGGCAACAUGAAAUUCUUCAGAAAUUCGGAGCCAAGCUCGGUGGCCGCAUGAGAGAGGUUCAUUCGGAAAUUGCCUCUGCCCGCCGUGAUCUGGAGGGUCAGACUCUGGAGGCUUCUUCCACCGCACAUGCAGUCUCCUUUAUCACAAUUGUUCAACAAUGCAAGCGCAAGACCCGUGUUUGGGAGCCGGAGGUGGACCUUUUCCGCCAGGGUCAAACCACCCUCUCUCGCCAGCGAUACGCGUUCCCCAAUGACUGGCUUCACGUGGAAAAUGUCGACGGUGAAUGGGCUGCCCUGAAUGAGCUGCUUGCCCGCAAGAGCAAGAUCGUUCAGGACCAGACUGAUGCUCUUCGCGCGAAGAUCACAGCCGAGGACCGCGUUAUUAGUGACAAGAUUGCGGAAGUCAUUGCGCAGUGGAAUGACGAGAAGCCAGUCUCCGGCACUAUUCCCCCAGAUGAGGCAUCUCGCACACUGAGCUCCUUCCAGUCAAGGCUUGAGUCUCUGCAGUCCGAGUUCGAAAUGGUCUCCAAGGCAAAAGAAGCUCUUGAUCUUCCCACUAGUACCGACUCAUCCCUUCCGGCAAUUCUCGAGGAGGUUCAGGACUUUAUGUCUGUUUGGGCCGCUCUGUCUACAAUCUGGAAGAGUCUUAAUGAUCUGCGUGAGGGCCUGUGGACUAGUGUGCAGCCCAGAAAGCUUCGACAGGCGCUCGAUGGCCUAAUCAAGAUGACCAAGGAGAUGCCCAGCCGAAUGAGACAAUAUGCCGCGUUUGAGCAUAUUCAGAAUGUUCUGCGGCAGCUCCUGAAGGUUAACUCUCUGCUUUCCGAUAUGAAAUCCGAGGCCGUCAAAGAAAGACACUGGCAGAAGAUCUUCAAAUCUCUUAAGCCCGGAAAGCGGUUCUCCCUGGUAUCUCUCACCCUUGGCGAUGUUUGGGAUCUGCAGCUCGCAACCAGCGAAACUGUCAUCCGCGACAUUAUUGCGCAGGCUCAGGGUGAGAUGGCAUUGGAGGAGUUCUUGAAGUCCGUUCGCGAAACAUGGCAAAACUAUUCUCUGGAUCUAGUCAACUAUCAGAACAAGUGCCGCCUUAUCCGUGGCUUCGACGAUCUUUUUGCGAAGUGCAGCGAAAAUUUGAACUCCCUCCAAGCCAUGAGACACUCCCCGUACUACAAGGAGUUUGAGGAAGAGGCUACCUCCUGGGAAGACAAGCUGAACCGUGUUCAUGUCCUGUUCGAUGUUUGGAUUGAUGUUCAAAGACAAUGGGUCUACUUGGAGGGUGUCUUCACCGGCAAUGCUGAUAUUAAGCAUCUCCUUCCUCUUGAGUCAAGCCGCUUCCAGAACAUCAACUCAGAGUUCUUUGCAGUCAUGAAGAAGGUCUACAAAUCUCCGUUUGUUCUGGAUGUUCUUGCAAUCAAUGGCGUCCAGAAGUCCUUGGAAAGAUUGGCUGAGCUGCUCAACAAGAUUCAGAAAGCGCUUGGUGAAUACCUGGAGCGAGAGCGUGUGUCAUUCCCUCGUUUCUACUUCGUCGGUGACGAGGAUCUUUUGGAGAUCAUCGGCAACAGCAAUGAUAUUUUCCGCGUGGCCAAGCAUUUCAAGAAGAUGUUUGCUGGCCUGUCAGGUCUUCUGAUGGAUGAUGACAACAAUAUUGUCGGCUUCACUUCGAAGGAGGGUGAAGAAGUUCGCCUCAAGCGCGAGGUCAACCUUAUCAAGACCCCUAGGAUUAACGACUGGCUUUCCGCAUUGGAAAACAACAUGAAGCUGACUUUGGCAGAGCUGCUCGGGGAGGCUGUUGAGCAGUUCGAGACCCUCUACAACACCACCGAGGUGGACCGGACUGCUUUCAGUGAUUUCCUGGCCAACUAUCCUGCCCAGAUUGUCGUCCUGGCUAGUCAAGUCGUGUGGACCAAUGCAGUGCAGAGGUCUUUGGAAGACGGCGGCACAAAUCUCCAAGCAUUGCAUGAGGCUGAGGUCAGAAUCCUUGAGUUGCUGGCCGCUACUGUGCUUGGUGAACUAGAUGCUAUCACACGCAAGAAGUGCGAACAUAUGAUUACCGAAUUUGUUCACCAGCGCGAUGCUAUUUCCAAGCUCAUCCAGUUCAAUGCGACCACCCCCACUCACCAUCUGUGGCUGUUGCAGAUGCGUUAUGUCUACCAACCAGAGGGUGACUUCUUGCAGCGCCUGUAUGUUCACAUGGCCAAUGCCAAGCUCAACUAUGGUUUCGAGUAUUUGGGUGUACCUGAGCGUCUUGUUCGCACUCCUUUGACGGAUCGUUGUUUCCUUACCCUCACCCAGGCGCUUUGCCAACGACUUGGUGGUUCCCCAUACGGCCCAGCCGGUACCGGUAAGACCGAGUCAGUCAAGGCUCUUGGGCUGCAGCUUGGUCGCUUCACCCUUGUCUUCUGCUGUGACGACACAUUUGAUUUCCAAGCUAUGGGUCGUAUUUUCCUCGGUAUCUGUCAGGUCGGUGCUUGGGGUUGCUUUGACGAGUUCAACCGUUUGGAAGAAAGAAUUCUAUCUGCUGUUUCCCAGCAAAUUCAAAAUAUCCAAAUUGGCCUGCGACAGACUGAGGACGAGGAGAAGUCCCAGAUCGAGCUGGUUGGACGUCGCCUAGCCGUCAAUUCCAAUACUGGUAUCUUCAUCACCAUGAACCCUGGAUAUGCCGGUCGUUCCAACUUGCCCGAUAACUUGAAGAAGUUGUUCCGCAGCGUUGCCAUGUCCAAGCCUGACAAGGAGCUUAUUGCAGAAGUCAUGUUGUUCUCCCAGGGUUUCAAACAGGCCAAGCCCCUGUCUAAGCAAACUGUGCCAUUCUUCGACCACUGUUCCUCCCAGCUGUCCAAACAAGCGCACUAUGACUUCGGUCUUCGUGCCUUGAAGAGUGUUCUUGUCAGCUCCGGUGGUCUUAAGCGUGCUCGCCUUGCCAAUUCCGAGGGCCAUCUGGGACCAGAUGAACUUAUUGAACCACAGAUUAUCGUCCAGAGUUUGCGAGAGACCAUUGCUCCGAAACUUGUCCAAGAAGAUGUUGACCGUAUGCUGGAGAUUCAAUUGCAAGACUUCCCUGGAGUUGAAUACGUGCCUGCCAACUACGAGAAGCUCACCCAGGCAAUGCGGGAUAUUGCCAAGGAGCAGCACUAUGUCGAUAGCGAGAUGUGGAUCACCAAGGCUCUGCAACUCUACCAGAUCCAGAGCAUCCACCACGGUGUCAUGAUGGUCGGCAAAUCGGGAUCCGGCAAAUCGGCCGCUUGGAAGAUUUUACUACAAGCAAUGCAACGGAUCGAGGGUGUAGAGGGCAUCUCCCACAUCAUCGACUCGAAGGUCAUGUCUAAAGAGGCCCUAUAUGGUAACCUUGACAGCACUACUCGAGAAUGGACCGACGGUCUCUUCACUGGUAUCCUUCGAAAGAUUGUCGACAACCUUCGUGGAGAGGAUAGCAAGCGCCACUGGAUUGUGUUUGACGGUGAUGUCGACCCUGAGUGGGUUGAGAACUUGAACAGCGUGCUGGAUGAUAACAAGCUCCUAACACUGCCCAACGGUGAACGUCUCAACCUACCUUCGAACGUACGUGUGAUGUUUGAAGUCGAGACUCUGAAGUACGCAACUCUUGCCACCGUCAGUCGUUGCGGUAUGGUUUGGUUUAAUGCUGAUACUGUGACUCCUUCGAUGAUGAUCAACAAUUACGUGGAGGGCCUGAAGACCAAGACUUUUGAGGACUUGGAUGAUGACAGCGCUCCCGCCGGAACGGCCGCAGCCAAAACUCAGGAUACCCAGGAAAUGCUUUCCACUGUCCUCAAGCAACACCUGGAAAUGGAUGACCUGGUCCCCAAGGCUCUUGAUGAGGCAAAGAAGUAUAACCAUAUUAUGGAGUUUACCGAUAUUCGCGCUCUGAACACCAUGUUCAGCUUGUUGAACAAGGCUUGCCGCAACGUUCUGGAGUAUAAUAUCCAGCAUGUUGACUUUCCGCUGGACUCUGAACAAAUCGAGUCAUAUAUCUCCAAGAAGCUUCUCCUUACCCUGGUCUGGUCCUUCACUGGUGACUGUCCCCUAACAGAUCGCAAGGCCUUUGGUCAGUAUGUCGCCGGAAUGUCGACCAUCGAUCUCCCACUGGAUGGUGAAUCAUCUCUCAUUGACUACGAUGUUACUCUCCCCAAGGCAGAGUGGGCGAGCUGGCAGUCGCAAGUGCCUUCAAUUGACAUCAACACCCACUCGAUUACCCAGACCGAUGUCAUUAUCCCCACAGUGGAUACCGUCCGCCAUGAGGAUGUUUUGUACUCCUGGCUCGCUGAGCAUAAGCCUCUCCUGCUGUGUGGUCCUCCUGGAUCGGGUAAAACCAUGACGCUAUUUGCCGCUUUGAGAAAACUGCCAAAUAUGGAGGUCGUCGGCCUUAACUUCUCUAGCGCAACCACCCCAGAUCUUUUGAUCAAGACCUUCGAGCAGUAUUGUGAAUACAAGAAAACCCUCAAUGGUGUUGUCAUGUCUCCGAACCAGAUUGGUCGCUGGCUCGUCAUUUUCUGCGACGAAAUCAACUUGCCGGCUCCUGAUCGCUACGGUACACAGCGAGCCAUUUCCUUCCUGCGCCAGCUUGUGGAACAGAAUGGCUUCUGGAGAACCUCCGAUAAGACUUGGGUUUCUCUCGACCGCAUUCAGUUCGUCGGUGCCUGUAACCCGCCGACAGAUGCUGGUCGUACCGCCAUGGGUGAGCGAUUCUUGCGCCAUGCUCCGCUCAUCAUGGUCGAUUACCCUGGCGAGAUCUCGCUCAACCAAAUUUAUGGUACCUUCAACUCUGCCGUCCUGAAGAUUCUGCCAUUGCUCCGCGGAUAUUCUGAGGCCCUUACAAAGGCCAUGGUCCAGUUCUAUCUUGAAUCUCAAACCAGAUUCACACCGAAGAUUCAGCCUCACUACGUUUACUCUCCCCGUGAGCUUACCCGUUGGGUCCGCGGUGUCUAUGAGGCAAUCAAGCCUCUUGAGACCCUGUCGAUCGAGGGUCUUGUGCGAAUUUGGGCACAUGAGGCUUUGCGUCUCUUCCAAGAUCGGUUGGUUGCUGAAGAAGAGCGAGCCUGGACCGCCGAUGCUGUUCGUCGUAUUGCAUUGGAGCACUUCCCCACUAUCGACCAAGAAGAGGCCUUGAAGGGACCGAUUCUGUUCUCUAACUGGCUGUCCAAGCACUACGUGCCCGUGGAGCAGGAACGACUCCGCGACUUCGUCAAGGCUCGUCUCAGGACAUUCUGUGAAGAAGAAGUUGACGUCCCUUUGGUGCUGUUUAAUGAUGUCCUCGAACAUGCGCUUCGCAUUGACAGAGUGUUCCGCCAGCCCCAGGGCCAUCUGAUUCUUAUCGGUGUUAGCGGUAGUGGAAAGACAACCCUGUCCCGUUUUGUCGCCUGGAUGAAUGGUCUAAAGGUCUUCCAGAUCAAGGUGCACGGAAAAUACUCGUCUGAGGAUUUCGAUGACGAUCUCAGGAGUGUUCUCCGCCGGGCAGGUUGCAAGGGUGAGAAGAUCUGCUUCGUCAUGGACGAAGCCAACGUGCUUGACUCCGGGUUCUUGGAACGUAUGAACACUUUGCUUGCCAACGCCGAGGUACCUGGUCUUUUCGAGGGUGAUGAAUUCUCUUCGUUGAUGACUGCCUGUAAAGAGGGUGCUCAGCGUCAGGGUCUGCUUCUGGACUCUCAGGAGGAGCUCUACAAGUGGUUCACCCAGCAAAUCGUCAAGAAUCUCCAUGUGGUCUUCACAAUGAACCCGCCAGAAGAGGGGCUGUCUUCAAAGGCAGCCACUAGCCCUGCUUUGUUCAAUCGUUGUGUGCUUAACUGGAUGGGUGAUUGGUCUGAUCAAGCCUUAUUCCAGGUCGGCUCUGAGCUUACUCAGUCUGUCGAUCUCGACAAGCCCAACUUUGUCUCUCCCGAUAGUAUCCCGGUCGCCUACCGCGAAUUGUCUCUUCCCGCUUCGUACAGAGACACUGUCGUCAACGCCAUGGUAUUCAUCCACCACUCCUUACACCGAUUCAAUCAACGCCUGCAGAAACAACAAGGCCGGUCUACUUUCCUCACUCCUCGCCACUACCUUGACUUUGUUGCUCAGUAUGUCAAGCUGUUUAAUGAGAAGCGUGAAGACCUCGAGGAGCAACAACGUCACUUGAACGUUGGUCUUGAGAAGCUCCGCGAUACUGUCGACAAGGUCAGCGAUUUACGGGCUAGCCUUGCGCAGAAGAAAACCCAGUUGGAGAAGAAGGACACGGAAGCGAACGAGAAGUUGCAGCGCAUGGUUGCUGAUCAGCAAGAAGCAGAGCAGCGGAAGCAAGUUUCGCUGGAGGUUCAGGCAGCUUUGGAAAAACAGGAGAAGGAAGUGGCAACUCGGAAGGAAGUUGUCUUGAACGACUUGGCACGAGCUGAGCCUGCAGUCUUGGAAGCCCAGAAGAGUGUCAGCAACAUCAAGCGUCAACACCUCACUGAAGUCCGUUCCAUGGGCAACCCGCCGGCAAGCGUUCGACUUGCCCUAGAAGCUGUUUGCACACUGCUUGGCCACAAGGUCGACAGUUGGAAGACCAUCCAGGGUAUUAUUCGCCGGGAGGAUUUCAUUGCCAGCAUUGUCAACUAUGACAACGAGCGCCAUAUGACACGCAACCAUCGUGUCAAGAUGCAGAACGAGUUCCUGUCCAAGGAAGACUUCACCUACGAGCGAGUAAACCGUGCCAGUAAGGCAUGUGGACCACUGGUUCAGUGGGUCGAGGCUCAAGUCAACUACUCGGCCAUCUUAGAUCGCGUUGGACCUUUGCGUGAGGAGGUUGAUCAGCUUGAGGAGCAGGCCCUGCAAACCAAGGCGGAAGCGCAAGCUAUCGAGAAUACCAUACAGGGCCUGGAGAGCAGUAUCGCCACCUACAAGGCCGAAUAUGCGGCACUCAUCAGUGAGACCCAAGCAAUCAAGACCGAGAUGUCUCGAGUCCAGUUUAAGGUUGAUCGCAGUGUACGUCUGCUGGACAGUCUGGCAUCCGAGCGUGAGCGUUGGGAGGAGGGCAGCAAGUCUUUCGAGACUCAGAUUAGCACCCUUGUGGGCGAUGUACUGAUCGCUGCUGCAUUCCUUGCCUAUGCUGGUCUUUAUGAUCAACAGUUCCGUAAGGCGAUGGUCGAUGACUGGGUUCACCAGCUGGCUCAGUCUGGCAUCAGCUUCAAGCCUCACAACCCGAUUACGGAAUACCUAUCCAAUGCCGAUGAGCGUCUCACCUGGCAAGCCAACUCUCUCCCUGUCGACGAUCUCUGCACGGAGAACGCUAUCAUCUUGAAGCGAUUCAACAGAUACCCUCUCAUUGUCGACCCAUCCGGCCGUGUUACAGAAUUUUUGCAGAAGGAGAGCAAGGAUCGCAAGCUCACCGUCACAAGCUUCUUGGAUGACUCCUUUGUCAAGCAAUUGGAGAGCGCCCUGCGUUUCGGAAACCCUAUUCUCAUCCAGGAUGCAGAGCACUUGGAUCCGAUUCUCAACCAUGUUCUCAAUAAGGAAUACCAGAAGACUGGUGGUCGUGUUCUCAUCCAGCUCGGCAAGCAAGAGAUCGAUUUCUCUCCAUCCUUCAAACUGUUUCUGUCGACCAGGGAUCCGUCUGCCUCAUUCCCACCAGACGUGUGCAGUAGGACAACAUUUGUCAACUUCACGGUCACUCAGAGCAGCUUACAGACCCAAUCGCUGAACGACGUUCUGAAGUUCGAACGCCCCGAUGUUGAUGAGCGCCGCAACAAUCUUGUCAAGAUGCAAGGCGAGUUCAAGGUCCACCUUCGACAACUUGAGAAGCGCCUGCUGCAAGCACUCAACGAGUCUCGUGGCAACAUCCUUGAUGACGAUAAUGUCAUCGAGACCCUAGAGACCCUCAAGAAGGAGGCGGCUGAAAUCUCCAAGAAGAUGUCUGAAACCGAGGGCGUCAUGUCCGAAGUAGAGAAUAUUACUCACCAGUACAGCAGCAUUGCCCGAGCAUGUAGUGCUGUCUUCGCAGUGCUGGAGCAGCUUCAUCACAUCAACCACUUCUACCAGUUCUCGCUCCAGUACUUCGUUGAUAUCUUCAAUUCCGUUCUCUACCAGAACAAACGCCUUGCCCAGGAGAAGGACCAUGCUGCUCGUGUGCAAAUCAUCAUUCGAGACCUAUUCAUCACCACCUACCAAAGGACCUCGCUGGGUCUUGUUCAAAAGGACCGUAUCACGUUGGCGAUCCUGCUUGCUCAAGCCACUCCGUUUCCCAUGGACAGGGCCAUCCUUGACCGCAUUUUGGAUGAGUCCGUUGAGGAUAGCGACCUCUCAACAGCCAUCGAUUCUCGAGAGCAGGUUAUGAGCAAGCUACUCAACAUCUCGCUCUUCAAGGACUUCGUUCCAAGCAUCCCUCAAGACCAAUGGGAACCUUUCUUCGGGGAGGAGCUUGCAGAGAAUGUUGUCCCAGUCGUCUGGAAUGACGAUACCCCCAAGCUCGACCAAUUGCUCCGAUCCUUGCUACUUGUCAAGCUCUGCCGCAUGGACCGAUUCGUCCCAACUGCGGAGCGCUUCAUCGAAGCUGUCUUUGGUCGUGAACUCUAUGAGGGUAGUGGCGAUCUCAAGGACGUGGUCGACCAGGUCACGGCAACGACUCCUAUUGCUCUCAGCUCCAGCCCAGGCUUCGACGCCAGUUACAAAGUUGAUGCUUUGGUCGAACGCACACACGUUACCUGCGCCAACAUUGCCAUGGGUUCGAAUGAAGGCCUUGAGAGUGCCGACAAGGCGAUCAGCAACGCGGCCGCUACCGGUAACUGGGUGCUUGUCAAGAACGUCCACCUGGCACCUUCGUGGCUUCAGAGCUUGGAAAAGAGACUGGAUUCCCUCAAGCCUCACAAGGAGUUCCGACUCUUCCUGUCCAUGGAAUCCAGUCCUAAGAUCCCAGUCAAUCUUAUUCGUGCUUCUCGCGUGUUGAUGUUCGAGCAGCCUGCCGGUGUCCGCGCCAACAUGAAGGACUCUCUGUCUUCGUUGACCACUCGUGCCAGCAAGGCCCCUGUAGAGAAGGCCCGUGUCUACCUCCUUCUUUGCUUCCUCCACGCUGUGGUUCAAGAGCGACUCCGUUACGCACCCAGCCUUGGAUGGAAGGGCUUCUGGGAGUUCAAUGACAGCGACUACGAAUGCUCAGCUCAAAUCAUCGAUCACUGGGUCGACACAGUCGCUCAAGGCCGUUCCAACGUUGCACCCCAGAAACUCCCCUGGGAGAUGAUCCGCACCCUGAUCACGGAGAUGUACGGCGGCAAGAUCGACGAUGCCGGUGACUUCCAGCAGCUAGAGGGCCUGGUCAAUAGCUUCCUCACACCCGCUGCCUUCGAGGAUGAGCAUAAGCUCGUUUCGGGUGUUGAGAAUGAUGAGCUGCUCACUCUGCCCAGCGGCACCAGCAUCCGCGACUUCGUCAGCUGGGUGAACAACCUGCCCGAGCGUGAGCCGCCCACUUACCUGGGUCUUCCGGCCAACGCAGAGAAGCUUUUGCUGGUCGGCCACGGCCGCAAGAUGAUCUCGGAUUUGUCGCGUGUGACCACGCUCCUGGAUGAAGGCGAACAGUUGAUGGUUGACAACUAG